CCGUCGGCGGCUUCCUUGCCGCGCUAUUUUUCGACGCUAGACGCCAUUAUUGUUCGACACGGGGUUUCGCAGAUUGAAGGCAGAUCGCGAAUUUUAAGCACUGAACGAACAACAUUCCUCGAACACCGUCGCGGCUUCCGUGUCAUGUUGGGAGCACAUAAACUAACCUAAAAAUUACAAGACAAUAGCGACCGGGUGCUCCGCUUGGUUGCCGUUGCACACGGUAGAAUCCGGACAAAAUCUUAUCCAGAACAUCACAGUAGACGCGUCGUCUACUCGUUCGUUGAACCUAGCGUUUAGGGGUAUGUGUGCGUUUAUGCCGUGAAGUGAUGCUGAUAGUAGCAUUUGGUGGGAUAAAGACCGAAGCGCAACCAUUCCCGCGAGUGCGUCGUAAGUAAAGUUAGGCCAGGGCCCUCUCAGUGGACUAGUGUGCAGAGAGUAUUGAAGAAGCGGGGUCGUUGGAACGAUUUGUCGUCGUUGCGAGGUAGCUUAGUUUCGCCGGACCCGACAUCUAGGUUAUAUUCUUGCGUGCACAUCUCCUCCACUUCGUUGCUCUGCGACACAGCAAGCAUUGAUAGAACGGAGUACCCUGCGUCAGUCAUCACCACCGACCGGUAACAUGAUGGAGGUCGGUGAGACUCAGAGCGUGCUGCAAUCGGUACUGGCCGCCGAAGAGCUGGUAGCCAUUCCGGAGGUCUCGCUCAAGAAGAUUGAAGCUCUGUACGAGCAAAGAUUUGAAGAAUUCCUUACCGCUAAGGCUUUGUGCGAGACGAAAAAAUCGGAACUAGAAUCCCAAAAAGAAAGCUACGAAAACCAGAUAGAACAGCUGUCGCUUAAGGUGAAGGAUGAAUCGGCCAAAUUUCAUUUCACGCAGCAAAGUGUCAAGGAACUGCAGAUUGAGCUGGAGGAUGUCAAGCAGGAGCUGGUACGGACGAAAGAAAAGCUUGCCCAGUAUGAGCAGGAGUCCGGUCGGUACCGACAGGAGCGUAACGAGGCCGUCGAUGAACGAGACACGCUGCUAAGUGCCGUCGAACGCAAAACGCUAGAGGUGGAGCGUCUCCAGGCGGACGUGGUUUCGCUCGAACAUAAGCUGAAAUCGGCCAACGAUGCCAAGUGUACGGCGCUGGCCAAACUGGACGAACUCGAUGGCAAAGAGUACGCGCUGGAGUUCAAGGAGAAGCGAAUGGAGCGCGAGCUAGCCCUACGUGACAGCCAGAUCGCAAAGCUGACGGAAGAUUUGGAGCGAUCAAUGCACGAACUACAGGCGGUACGGCGCGAUAAAAACGUACGCUCGCUGACCGUGGAAGCCAAGCUGUCGGAAAAGAUCGAAGAGCUAAAGAUUGCGAACCAAACAAUCGCACACUUGUCCGAGCGUGACGCGGUUCUCUCGAAGAAGGUGGAGGAACUCACGAUGAAGCUACUGGCUCAGCAGGAGGACACAUCGAAGAUGAUGGAGCAGUACCAGAAACAGCUAAUGUCCGAGAGCAACCUGAACAAUCUGUUGCAGCAGGAUAAGAGCGAUCAUAUGCGGCAGACGGAGGAGCUCGAGCGAGCCGCUAGUGAGUUGCGUAGUCUGCUGAAUGAGGCGACCGAGCAGUACGGAAAGCUGGAGACGGAAAAGAAGCGGCUCGAGGCAAAGCACGAAGAAGAUCUUGCGGCCAAGGAUCGCGUUAUCCAGGAGCAGCAGGAUGAGCUGAAACACGCCAAUCAGCUGCUCGAAGAGGCCCGGGUCGAGAGUCUAGAACAUGCGGUGGAGAAGCUGGCCCCAUCGGCUGCCGCCACGAGUCGUAUGCUCAAAUCCGGCAUGUCCCUAACGCAGGUGUACUCCAAGUUCGUACAAGCGUCGGAAGAGUUGAUUGAGACACGAAAGGAUAACGACAAACUGCGGCUGCAGAUGAGCAACAUUUUGGCCGAGGUCGAGUGUUCGGCACCGAAGAUCACCCAUGUCGAGCGGCUCUGCCGGAACUUGAAGGAUCAAAACGAGGAGCUAAACUCACAGCUGGCGGUACUGAUCAACGAGAAUGGCGAGUUGAAAUCGGAACUGAAGCAAAUUUGGGAAAAGUUGCGGAACGCAUCGGCAGAAAACGAUAAGCUACAAAAGACACGCUCCGAUCUCAGCCGUCAGGUGUGUUCUUUGCUAGAGGAAACCACCCGCCUGUCAACCGGCGCUCGAUCGCAGACGGACGAAUCGCUCACCAGUAACCUAUUGAACGAAGGGCUAUCGCGUAAGCGUAUUACCUACAGGAAUAUCGAAGAACUGCAGGCGAAUAAUGCCGAUCUGAUCAUGACGCUGCAUGAGCUGAACGCGCGAUUGAAAGUCGCCGAGGGACGCAAGGAUACGUCCGAGCUGGAGGCACAACUGCACGCUCGUGAAGAGAUGUUGCGCGAACAGCAGCAGAAGAUCCAGGAGCUGGAGAAGAUUCUGCACAUCUGCAAGAUUCAACGUGAUCGUUACUUGGCUCGUAGCCGCUACAGUGCGCCAACGGGCGGCAUGCACGUGAACGGAGAAAUGGAUGAUUCACAAGACGUGGGAGAACGUGGUAGCGUAUCGCGAGAGGCGUACGAGGCCAAGGUAGCGGAAGCGGCGGCCAGUUCCGUAACGCUCGCUGAGAAAGAGCGCAGAAUAGCGGAUCUUGAAGCAAAACUAAAAGAACGGCAGCAGGAGUUGGCGACAAUGAAGGAGGAAUAUGAGACGUACCGGCGAGAGAAGCUGCAGAAUGAUAAGUUGAUGAAUGAUCAGUUCGAUCGAUUGCGUACCGAGAACCGGGAGCUGUCGACACAAAACGUGAAGCUGCUCGGUGGGGUCGAGUACCAGACGGAUCAAAAUCGCAUUAUGAAAAUGAGCAAUGAGACGCUUAAGAAACAGAUCAGUACACUCGAGGAGCGGGCCAAGAACUAUGAGAUCACUAUUGCCAAGCACGAAACGACGAUCGUGUUCCUCAAGGAUCAGGCCAUUGGCGCCCAAAGUAUGCUUUCCCGGGCCGAGGUACAGCUGGGCAACCUGAAGCACGAGCUGCGCAUUCUCAAAGAUUCCGAGUCGCGCCUGCAGGCGGAACGCGAGAUGAUCCACCGCGAACGGCAGCAGCGCGAGUUAAUACUGAACGAUGUAGAGAUGAUCAAGGUCAGCAUGGAGCGCUCGGAGAGCGAAGGACGCCUGCGGCUCGAGAAGCGGUUGGAUGAAACGUCGCGCGAGUGCUCUGCAUUACGCCGUCGCCUGCAGGAAGAACAAGAUCGCUUCCGGGAGCUAACUAGCCAGCUGCAGCGCCAAAACGAGACGGCUCACAAGCGAAUGGAGGAAGAGAUUGCCAUCGCCGAGACGGUGGCGGCCGAGCUGAAGAACGCGAAGGAAGAACUUGAGAUUAAACAACGCAAGAUCGACGAUCUGCAGCGCAAGCUCCAGGCAACCCUGUCACCGAGUGAUGAAGACAAUCCAGUUACGCAAGCCAAUCGAAAGGUGCGCGAGCUGGAGCACCUGGCCGAGCAGAAUCGCAUUGAAAUCGAUUCGCUAAAGGAGGAACUAAGCGCCGCCAAGGAGCACGCACGCCAGUACGCCGAGUUGGCGGAAUCGUCCGAGAAGGAGCUGAAGGAGCUAAGCGGUAACUACACGAAGGAACGCGAGGCAAGUGAGCAGGAACUGGCGAUGCUUCGGAAACAGGAUGCGGAGCUGCGCGCACAAAUCAGCGAACUAAACACGGAGCUAUCACUGAAGAUUACCGGGGCCCAGUUAAGUGCGUCCAGCGAUGGUGGUGAUCGCGAGUCGGAACUGCACAAGGUGCAACUGGAGAAAAAGCAAGCGCUUGAGCAGCUGGCACAACAGAACCGCGAACUACGCGAAAUGCGUGACAAACAGAAUGCGCUUGCUGAACAGCUGCAGCAGGCAGAGCAGAAGUACGCCAACGAGAUGGUACUGCACUCGAGUGAUAUUCAACAGCUGGCGCAGUUGAAGGAAGAGCUGCUGCGCACCAACGGGCAGUUCGUGGAGUUGCGUGAAGCGCGAGACCUAGCUGCGGAGCAAUUGCGAACGAAUGAAGAGUGUUGGACGCGCCGUGAGGAGCUGCUGAGGGCUGAGAUCAAUCAAAUGGAAGAGCGCUUGAGUGAUCUGAACGCUCAAAAUACCACCCUGCAUGAUCAGCUGCAGACGAUCAGCACACGCUUACUGAUCAGCAGUACGGGGGCGGGUCUAAACGAGACCCUCUCAUCGUCGGCUGUCGCAGUGGGCGCAAGUGGUAGCGGAGACGCUGGGGCCAGUGCCAGCGGUACCGAUGGUGAAGCAACACCGGCCGAUGAAUCGAUGUCCGUUACCGGCAUAGCCGAUAGUUCACUCUUGAACCGAUCGCUCCGAGACGAUGAAAAGGCAUCAGUCGAGCAGCUGUUGCAGAUCAUUAAGUAUCUGCGCAAGGAGAAGGACAUUGCAAUGGCCCGUUACGAUCUAGCUAACACGGCGAAAUUACGGCUCCAGUCCGAGCAGCAGCUGGUACAAAAGCGUCUCGAGGAGGUGCAGAGCGAGCUGAAGGCGGUACGCGAACAGACCGAUGCCGGUAUUGUGUCGGCCGCUAAGCACGAGGAAAUUCUGCGACGUCUCGAGACUUUCAACGCUAUCACUGACAGCAACCGGGUGCUGCGGGAGGAGCGCGACACACUGGCCAAACAAGUGGCCGACUUUUCGCAGCGAUUGCGCAGUGCCGAGGAGGAAUUGUUGCCGUUACAGGAGAAGGUACGCGAGUUAACGGUUAAGAUGGAGUCCACGGUCAAUGAGGCAACGGUCCUUCGUCAGGAGGCCGUACGUUGGCGUUCGCGCGCUACCAUGCUGAUCGAUCGUUCCAACAAAACGAGCACGGACGACUGGAAGCGACUGCAGACGGAGCGUGAAAACCUGGCAAAGAUGCUGACGACCGAACAGGAGCUGCUGAAGCGCGCCAACGAUGAACUGAACACGCUGCGGCUCGACCGCACCCGGCUGGAGACGGAGCUAGCGUCAGUCGGACGCAAGCUUACCAGCUGUGGCGAGGAGACGCGCAACUUGCUCAGCGAACGAGACACGCUGCAGCAAAGCUUGGCAACGCUUCAACAGAACGUGGCUGCACUGCAGAAGAACCUGGCUACGCUGACGACUGAGAAUGCGACGCUGAAGCUCGAGCUGAACACACGCGAUACAGAGGCACAGAGCAAACUGGACGAAAUGCAGACGAGCCUCGCUAACAAGGAACUUGCGCUGACGGAUGCCAAGAACAAGGAGCAGCAAAUUCGAAAGAUCGCCAAACGAUACAAGGAAUCGUUCAUCGAGAUGCAGAAGGAGAACGAUGAGCUGAAGGUGCAGCUAAACAUCAAUCCAGCAGCAGAGGCGCAAGAUAAGACUGAACCAUCCGGUGGCGAUAGUACUGUGGAGAGUGGUGGUGGUGGCGGUAGUGGUACCUCCGGAGAAGCGGCAAACUUCGCAGCGCAACUGGAGGAUUUGCGUUCGCAAACCAGCGAAGAGAUCGAUAUGCUUCGCAAGGAAAACGAAUUGUUACGAGCGAAGAUGGAGAAGGUGGACCAGCAGCAGCGUACACAGGGUGGUGACACUGCGGCGGCUGGCAGCGAUAAGCAUCGUAUCGCGGCACUGACGGAACAGAAGGCCAAUAUGGUGCGCGAGCUGCAAACCGUCCGGGCACAGCUGUUGAAGGCGCGUGAAGAACUAGAUCUGCAGCGAACGCAGUACGAGGCCCGCUUGGCACAGCUUGAGAAGGAGGCUAGCGAGAGCAAGGAGGUAAUCGGAAGGUUGAGUCGCGAAAACGAACAGCUCACCGUCCGGUUGAGCCAGCUGACGCGCCAGCUCGGACUGCAGCAAGCAACGAAACCAUCAACCAGUGCCGGUGUUGUUGGUGCGGGCUCCUCGGAGAAGCCCGUGGGCGAGAGCCCUCGGACUGCGAACGUGAAACCGAUGGCCGGACCGAGCGUACAGCAAUCGGCGACCGUCACACCACGACGUGUCAACGAAACACCGCUAGCCAGCAUACGACCAAUGGCAGUAGGAAGUCGCACGGUUGCUGUUCUCCCUACAAGCCAGACGAGCUGCAGUGGUAGCAGUGGCAGCAGCAGCAGCUCUAGCACGAGUACCGGUGGCAACAAUGUAGCCAUUGUACAGGGCUCUUCUUCCUCUGGAAUGGCUGCGACCGGGCCUUCAUCGAAUGCGGUUCCGGCGGGAUCAUCAUCGUCCGUGACAGGAGCAGGACCCGGUAGUAGCAGUAGCAGCAUUACUGUCGGUGGAAGCUUGUCUGGAACGUCGUCCGCAGUAGCUUCGAGUCUCACCACAGCAUUGGUGCCACCGCAGCAACAAGUGCACACAACCGCCAGCAGCAGUAGCAGCAGUAGCGCAGGCGUCGGUGGCAAUCUGAAUGAGUCACUGAUUGUGUCGUCGUCUCCUAGCAGCUCCCAUACCGAUUACAUGCCAGCAACCAGUUCAGCGAACGUCGCUGUCGCUGCCGUACCACCAAUGGGAUCGGCAACGACCUCUUCCUCCUCUUCGGCUUCGUUGAACGCGGCGGAAAGUUCGUCUUCAUCUUCUACAACCGCGCUGCUGGCCACUGAAAGUGAUAAUCCUGCGCAGCCCUCUACAGGUGGUGUGCCGCCCAUUGUCGUGGUUGCUGAUCAACAACUAUCAACACAACAGCAGCAGCAGCAACAGCAGGCCGCUGUUGCCAUGGUGUUACCACAGGUUGAGGGCCAACAACAAAUUCAACAGCAGCAGCAGCAGCAACAGCAACUUCAACCAUCACAACCCGCGAGUCAGGCAGCGUUGCCGCAGCAACAGCAGCUAGCCCAGCAACCUCUGGAUAAGUGUUCGCAACUGAUCAAUCAACAGACGAGCCAGCAGCAGCAGGCCUCUUCUAGCAGCACGGUUACGACGACGCAGGCCGGUCCUAUUAAGCGCCCACGGGAUGUGGAAGGGGACAGUUCAACGGAUACGGUGAGCCAGCAAACUGGCAGCAAGCAAACACCGGCGAAGAAGCGCCUACGGAUGGCACAGCCAGCUACCGGCGAAGCAUUCCAGGGAGUAAGUGGUUCCGGUAUGGAGGUGGAGUAUCAGGUACCGACAUCGUCGCAGCGCGAUCAGGAAGACGAAGUGAUUGCCGUUGAUACCGAGGAGGAGGAGGACGAAGAAGAGGAUGAUGAUGUGAACGACGUAGAGGAUGACGAUGAAGAGGAGGAAGACGAGGAUGACGAGGAGGAAGAGGAGGAUGUUGGGAUGGCCGACGAGGGUACAGCCGAAGCGGACGAUGGUCCAAUGUUUGCGGACGGCUACGAGGUCGGUGAAUCGUACGGUGGACAGCAGGGCGCAGGAGAAGGUCCCGACAUCGAUGAGGAUAACAAUAUCGCGUCGGCCAGCAACAACGAGGUAGAUGUGAUGGAUGAUGACAACGAGCUACGGAACGCGGCCUGCGGGUCAUCUUCGACUAGUACCACGACUACCACCGCAUCCGCAGCUGCCUCGUCCAGUGGUGUCAAAUCGAGUCAAUCGCAACCAGCCCAACAGGCCAUGGAUACCACCGUCGACGCGGAAACCAGUAGUACCAGUGGCAUGGUGGCAGCGGCUGGUAGCUCUUCAUCCAUCGCUAACACCACUACUGUACAGCACGGUUCAUCCACGUAUGCCUUGGAAUCGUCUUCUUCCUCUUCAUCGUCGGGCAUUGGCGAAACGAGCACUACGACUGGCACUGUCAGUGGAAGCAACAACAUUGCCCCUUCACACGAUUCCUCACCGCAGCAACCCCAGAUACAGAGCACUACUAGUGGCAGCAGUUCGGCGGGUUUAGCUGAAAGUGGGGCACCGCAGCCUUCGGGUAGUAGCAACAUCGCUGGUGGAAGCACUAGCGCCAGUACCAGUAGCAGCAGCAACAGCAGCACCAUCGUUGCCACUGCUCGCCAGGUGGUUAAUCCGCUUACCCGCCAUCAGCAACAGGCGGCUCAUCUGAUGCUGAUGCAACAGCAGCAAAGCUAUGACGAGGGUGCCGCUGACGAUCGCAAUGUCCCGAGCACGCCUACACUGUACGCUUCACGUCGAAGCGACGGGUUCAGUGAAACCAUCCUGAGCUCGCCACAUCCACAGGUUCCGAAUGCCCGCUUUGUCUUUGGAGAACCUUCUUCAGGCAGUGGACGUCAGUUGCCCGUUGUUCCGGUGAGCAGCCGAUCAGAUGGAACUACUGGACAGCAGCAGCAGCAGCAGCCCCAGGAACUGCCACAGUUCCUCGAUGAUACUAGCCUUGGUCCACUGGAGGAGUCGGCGGUAGGUUCUGGCGUCGCCGGCAGUAGCAGCAGCAGCAGCAGAGGCCGUGUUGUACCAUCCACCACUACAACUUGCGAGGCACAAGCGUCCUCUGCAGGUGAUUUAGAGAAUGCGUUGCUGCAGGAUGAUGACGAAGAAGAAGAGGACCAGCCCCACCAACCCCAGCAACAGCAACAACAAACACCACACCAGCAAGAGGAACACCAGCAGCACCUGCAGCAGGAGCAGCUGCCACAACAGUCAGAACCGCACACACAGCCACCGCAACAAGAACAGCAACAACAUCAACAGCAGGAGGAAAUGGAUAUACACGAACACCAGCAACAGCAGCAACAGCAGGAGGCUGGACCUUCAACCGCACCAAACAACUCGGCAGUCAGCAAUGAGGCGGAGUAUGUGCAGCCGCCCAAGAGAAGCUUGCGCUCGCUGAGCCAUGCCAACCUCAACUACGAUCUCAAUACCCGAGCUCAGAAACGGGAUGCGACCGGCCGAGAAGACUUUAAUCGGAGUUGGAGCGAUCCACGGUCACAUCAAGCAAGAGGCAUGUCCCGUAUUCCUGCGCGUGCUGGUCCAUCGGCCUCUGUCCAUCAGCGCAUCUAUCACGGAAAGAACAUGCAGGAACAACAGCAGCUGCAACAGAUGCAGCAACAGCAGCAGCAGCAGCAACACCAACAGUUCGCGGGCCAGCAAAUGGGUCACACGCCGCGGCAGCGUGGAGGGCAGCGUGGUGGUAGACGAGGACGCUCAGGGCGACGUCGCCAAAGUGGCGGAUACUAAGUUAUUUUCCUCCCAUUUUUUUUUCUUGAUUCAUGUUCUUCGUAGGUUUAAUCUUAGCUGUAGCUUAUAGUUAACCACCGAGGCUGGUUAAACCUACAAUGUGCAUACGCAUUUCUUGAAUGAAACAGAUGCAAUUAAAGUGAAAUAAACACCACGAUGUACUACGACAACACCGUC